AUGCAGAUCGCUUUAUCUGUUAAGAAUAAGACUGGAUUUAUUGACGGAUAUCUUCCAAAGCCAAGCUCAUCUGAAAUUUCUAACUUCAAUGCAUGGAUGCAUAACAAUAAAUUGUUAGUAACUAUCAAGAUGCUCCUUGCUAUUGUUGCUGCCAAGUCAUGGAACUUAGUCAAAUUAGAUGUCAAUAAUGCUUUCCUCAAUGGAGAUCUAAAAGAAGAAGUUUUCAUGGAGAUACCACCUGGUUUCAAACUUCAGAAGGACAAAUACCCAAAAAAUGUUUCUUUGUCGGAUUAUUCUUUGGUUUUCAAAGGAUCAGAAUCCACUUAUGUUGCUCUUUUAGUAUAUGUGGAUGAUGUCUUGAUUAUUGGAUCAUCAAAUACAGAAAUCAAUCUUCUUAAGCAGAAAUUAAGUGCCAAAUUCAAGUUAAAGGAUUUGGGUUCUCUGGGAUAUUUCUUAGGAUUAGAAGUGGCUAAAUCCAAAGAAGGAAUUUUUGUUUCACAAAGAAAUUAUACACUACAGCUAAUUGAGGAUUUGGGUUUCCUAGCAGCCAAACCUGUUUCUACUCCUAUGGAUCCUAGAAAUAAUUUGCAAAGUGAUAACGGUGAUCUAUUCGAUGAUCAUGCACGAUAUAGGAGAUCAUGUGGGUCGAUUGCUAUACUUAAAUAUAACACGGCCAGCCAUUUCUUUUUCAGUUCAGAAAUUAUCUCAAUUCAUGUCUUCUCCAAGAAUUCCUCAUUAUCAAGCUGCAUGUCAUCUGAUUGGGGUAAAUGUUUAGACUCAAGACGCUCCAUUACUGGUUUUGCAUAUUUCUUGGAGAUUCUCUAG